AAUAAUCAUCACUUUACCUUCAAGUUUACGCAAAUUCUUCAUCUUGAAUUCUCUCAAACUACAUUUCCUUUUCAUGGCUUCCAUCACCUUAAUUUCCCAUACGCAACAACCCCUUUUAAAACCCCGCCAAUUUCUUCAAACCCAAAAGACCCAUCAAGUUUCCUUCCAAUUCCCAAAAACUCGAUCAUCUAGAACGACUAUGGCUGCAGCAGCACCGUUGAAGAAGAGAUAUCCAGGCGAGGCAAAGGGUUUCGUAGAGGAGAUGAGAUUUGUUGCAAUGAAAUUGCAUACCAAGGAUCAAUCCAAGGAAGGGGAGAAGGAAUCUGAAUCACUUCCUUUUGCUAAAUGGGAACCAACAAUUGAUGGAUAUUUGAGAUUUUUAGUUGACAGUAAAUUAGUCUAUGAUAAACUUGAAUUCAUUGUUGACAAGGCAGUUUUCCCUGAAUAUGGUGAGUUUAAGAACACGGGUUUGGAAAGAUCUGAAUGUUUAACUAGAGAUCUUGAAUGGUUUAAAGAACAAGGCCAUAACAUUCCUGAGUCAUUGUCAUCAUCUUCUGGUUUUGUUUACUGUAAUUAUCUUGAAGAACUUUCGGAGAAAGAUCCUCAAGCUUUUAUAUGUCAUUUCUAUAACGUUUAUUUCGCUCAUAGUGCAGGCGGUCGAAUGAUUGGCAAGAAGGUAGCCCAGAAAUUACUCGAUAACAAGCAAUUGGAGUUCUACAAAUGGAAAGAUGAUGAUCUUUCAUCUUUACUGCAGAAUGUUAGGGAGAAGUUGAACAGAGUAGCUGAAAGUUGGAGUCGUGAAGAGAAGAACCAUUGCUUGGAAGAAACCGAGAAAUCCUUCAAGUUCUCGGGAGAUAUCCUCCGUUUGAUUCUAUCAUGACCUAAACUACAAAUUCAUGUAACUGUUAACUUAAACUGUCAUUUAAGAUGUAAACAAAGUUGACUAAAAGUGUGAAGAAUGAAUGAAGUGUACAUUUCUUUUUACCCUAAUUAGUUCUUACUUAACACAAUGAGCAUCGGUACCAUGUUGAGUACAUUCAUGGUAACCGACGGUUUUAAGAAACUGUCGAAUCUCGUUUGAACUGCUGUUACUGGCUUCCAA